AUGGCGCCAUCGUCCAAUGUGUACAACCAGCGGACCAACUCCAACCGGGUGCUGGUGCGCCGCGUCGCCUCCGAGCCAUGGGGCCUACUGGACUGGGACACGAGGCGUCGCUGGCGCCUCAAAGGAAUCAUGCAGACGGAGCCCAACCUGUCUACCAGGCCAGCUGCACCGCAAAAGCCUCCGAGUGAGGCGAAGCCAGCUUCUUUGCAAGAAAAGCCUCCCACUUUGACCAGGUCAGCGGCUUUGACGGAAGAUGGUGGCGUGGUCAGGGGUGUACUAGACGAUGUCUAUCAAAUCUGCGUCGAUUGGCCUGCUGUGACAGCGCAAGAGUGA